AUUGCACAUAUAUACAACAGUCUUCAGACACUUGCAGGACAGGAAUCGAUCUCAUCGGAAAUGUUUUUGAAAACAUUGUGGAGGUCAACUCAUUCGUUUUGGCAGUGGUUUUAUAACCUUAUGAAGUUUUUGCAGCCCAGAAACAGUCAUGGAAAUAACAGUAUCAAUGAUACUUCGGUGCAGGCCAUAUGGCAAGCUGGUCAUAUUUCUGGCUUCAUAAGCAAUGAAAAAGCAGCAGAACUUGUCAAGGAUCAACGUGUUGGCACUUUUCUAAUUCGCUUGAGCAUGAAUUCUCUAAAUGUUGUUCAAAAGAUGUCGGAUACAUCUGUGCACGUCUAUGCCCCGUGGGAUCAACAACUAGUAAAUUAUGGCGGCUUGGCAACGUGCAUUGACCAACUAUCGGGAGCAGAUUUCUUGCUCUCUGUCUUUUCCAAUGAAAUCAGAGAUCGAAACGAAAUUGUAAGACAACCCGCAACUGAAGGAUCAAAUACGACCAAUUACCCAAGAAGCAUUGGCAUACAAUCUCCAUCAUCAUCUGAUAUCAAUAUUAAUAUCGACAUUGAUUUUGACCUUGAUAUUUACUUAAAAGAUUUGCCAUAUCCAUCAACUGAUGUUCCCGACUAUGGUGAAGAAUUGCUUUCUGAACUCAUUAAUAAUCAUGAAUCUUAAAUACUAUAAGUCAUU